AUGAAUUCAAUCUAUAGUCUAUCAGUGGUUCGCUUUACAAUACAAUCUAGGUUGGUGCUAUUAAUCAUCCACAUCGGGUCUUCAUCUCAUGUCGAUCGCAAGCGCGACAAUACAGGCUGGGCAAACGGCGCAGUAGCGCUCACAUACACAUACACUUGCUACUCACUCGCUCUUCUCCCGCUUCAGCUCCUCCUGGACCUCCCGGAUAAGGUCCAUGUACUCACCCGUGCUGUAGGCCGUCAUGACGUGCCACCAGCCGUGCAGCUCGAGCAGCCACGCCCAGGGCAGCCCCACGCGCUCCCGGAGCGCCCUGAUCUCGGCGCAGAGCUCGAGGUCGACGUUCCAGAGCACGAAGGCGACGACGAUGACGACCAGCGCCCGGCGCCCGCGCACGCGCCAGGACCGGACCCGGUCGGGCGGGAAGGCCGGCUCGCGCCAGUAGAAGAGGUAGGUGCCCCGCGCGACGACGAGGACGACCAUGAGGAAGAAGGCCGAGAAGUGGUAGACGAUCUCGCCCGUGUAGACGUAGAAGCCCGCGAAGAGCGGGAAGAAGACGGCGAGCGCGGCGUCGACGAGGCGGUCGCGCCGCGUGCGCCGCCGCCGGGUGCGCACGGUCAGCAGGCCCUGCAGCAGGGACCAGGCGACGCCGAGCAUGCCGAGCUCGUCGGCGAACUGCAGCGUCUGGCGCAGCGAGGCGUGGAAGAGGAAGGAGCACAGGCCCAGGACCAGCAGGGAGGCGGACAUGAAGUCCAGCCUGGGCCGGAGGGGCCCGCGGCUGCCGGGACCGUACAUGUACCGGAGGGCGAGGUAGACUAA